UAUUAUUUAAAGUACUAGAUUACGUUUUUAUUAGUUUUGUUAAAAAACAAUUAAUAUAAUAUGCAUUUCAAGAACGCCCUUACUGUCUGCGCGGUGUAUAUCCUAACGUCGGCAUGGAGCAUAGAAUUGGACAGUGCUCAAUUGAUAAAGUUGAAUAAACUAUUUGAAGAUCACAAAAUGUCUACCAACGAAAUUAGCGAGAAGACAAUCGCAAAAGUCGUGGAAAAAACGUUUCGAACGGAAUGGAAACCACUUCUAGUUGAUUUUGAAUACGAGAAAAAUCAGUUCGAUUCUACUAAUUUAUAUAAUUUAUUGAGGGCGUUGGGGCAAGGUAACAUCAAAAACUCCAAAGAUAUCAAGGCUGACAGACUCACGCCUUUUGAACUGGACUUUUUCUUGGAGGAGUUCGACACAUGCCUCGAAUCUUAUGAGCAUCCAAAGUAUAUUAAUUUUCAACAGCUUUCGGAAUCAUUCAAUUAUUGGAAAACGAUGAAAGAGGCUUUGAACCGAAAAAUAGAUGAAUAUAAAAUCGAAUACGGCGACGAUCAUGUAAUGAAUGCGGCGGAUUUUUUGUUGAUCAUAAUGGAAAUCAAACCGGCAGGCCUUGGUCUGACCCUAGAACAAGUAGAAAUGUUUGUUAGUUUGUACGAAGAACAUAAGAUGUCUGACAGCAUUCAUCCUGCGGCAAGUGAAACUGUGUUUGAUGACAUUGGUAUAGCCAUAAAACCUAAAUUGAAAGUGCUAUUUGAAUCCGGCCAACCCGUUGGAACGUUGUUGGUGGACUUAAUGAGCGUUGCGGCAGAACAAAAUAGGGCGGUUAGGAAAAAUGUAAUAUAA